CUUCAAGCAUGUGUGCAAGGGAGGAUCAAUACCAUGACAUCCACCUCCAACAAUGGAUCUCCAUUCCAUUCGUUCAGGCACGCAAAAUGUCCGCCUAGUUGGUUGAGUUGCUUCUCGAUCGCUUUACCACCUGGAUCGACAGCCCUACCCAGCCGCUGUCUCUACCAGACAUUCAUGAUGAACCCUCAGCUCAGCCACAGUCUCGUCAAGGGCGUCGAAUAUGAUAAGGCCAGGCGAGUCGACAGACCAACUUUGGACCCUCUGACACGAGGGUAAGCCCCGAAUUGCUGGGAUGGCGGCCGGGAAAAACCAGUGUCGAGGCCUUGGAACGAACAGGCUGGUGAUUCGGGGCUGGUGGUCAACGGCUGUGUAACAACGUUCUAGGAGUAAGCUAAAGACCAUGUAAAGAUGGGAUUUUGUCCUCUUCCGGUGCCCGAGCGCUCUUUGUUUGGUCGGCGACUCCUAGCGGGCAGCGGGCAGCGGGUACCAUGAAAACUGUUGCGGCAGACGUAGC